UAUUUGGGUUAUUUCUCAUGCUGUGUUUAUUUCAGGACGCUUCAAAACGCCGCGAGGCUUACAGAAGAGCAGCUGGACGAUGUGAAGCGCAUGAAUCAGAUGAUGCUUUAUGCCAGAUGCGUAACUAUCAGAGAUGAGCAGAAGAAAGAGAAAACACAAAAGUUCAAGGAGCUUAAGGAUUACAAUCAAGAGGUGCACGAGGCCAUGAUGGCAAAGAUUGUGAGAGAGCAGAAAGCACAUGAUGAUCACGAGGCUCGAAGGCAUCACCAACGAAUGGAAGGUGCAGCGGUCAUAAGGCAUCAAAUAAAGGAAAGAGAGGGUCACAGAAAAAUCGAGGACGAGCUCAAGCAACUCGAAGGAAUCCGUAUCCGGAGGCAAGCGGAGAAGGACAAACUUGAAGAGGAGGAAAAAGCUAAAGUGAAGCAUGAGGAGGGACAGAAACUUUACAAGGCGCUGUUGGAAGCAAAUGCUGCCAAUACGGAACAGAGAAAACUGAUGAAGAUGCUGGAGAAGGAGGAGGAGCAAAAGAUUCAGCUUUACAACUACAAGAAGGCUGUUGCGGAGCAAGAGCGAGCUGACGAGGCCGAACGGAUCCGUAAGCAGAAGGAGCUAGAAACUGCUCGCCUGCGAAGCAUGCAAGAGAAGGCGCAGGGUCAACAGGCAGCGCUGGACGAGUUGAGAGCGCAGAGAAUCCAGGAAGCCGUGGAGAGGGAGUGGAGGGAGAAAGAGAAGGCAGCUGCGGAGCGCUUGAGAAAGAUGAACGAGGAUCUGGCCGAGGCAAGGGAGCAGCAGAAGAUGUUUAAGAUCACGCAACUGGCGGAGCAGGCUAAACAGGAGAGAAUCGAGUUCUUCAAGAUCAUAAAGGAUCAGCAAGAGGCACUGCUCAAGGCUAAGAUACUAGCGGAGGAGCAGCACAAACGAAACCUUCACCACAGGGACGAUAUAAUGGGACAGAUUGCAAAGAACAGGGAGGUCAGGCUCAAGGCCAUCAAGGAGAAGUUUGAAGAGGGUGCAAGAGCUCGGUUGAAGCUGCUCGCCGAGUUUGAGAGGCUACGACAGAUCAAAGAAAGGAAGCUCAAGGAGUUGGAGGCUGAAGGAGUGCCUGACAAGUAUAGAGCGGAAUUGGCACGUAAAAAGGUUGUCAUCAAUUGAGGCCGGGAAGGAAAAUUACUUACAGGUUAUUUAAAACUGGUUUUUGGGAUUGGGGAUAAAAAAUCAGCUAUGGCGUCU